GUACGAUAAAGAAGAGAAUCCCAAAGGGUAGAGACAGUAAAAAGGAGAGGAAACAGACAGGGAAGAGAGAAAGACCCGUUUCCCCGUUUCCUUCCUCGCUUCUUCAUUUCUUAUGCCGUAGACUUGUUUUCUUGCUGUUGGUACGUACGUGUGAAAAGUCUCGCCUUUUUGGGUCUUGUGAUACCACACCCCAAAUCUUUGUUACUCUUCUCUCUUCUGUGCCCCAUUUUUCUUCUCCUUCUCAGACCUCAGUCAUUCGAUAAACCCAUUCUCUCUCUCUCUCUCUCGAUAGCUUUCUUUGGUCGGCGUUUCAGAGAGAAAUGGAGACUGGGAGCCGGGCAGAUCACGGGACCAAUGUCACUCCUGCUGCUGGACCAGGGCAUGAGAGCCAUGGAGUCCACGUCUGCCAGAAAUGUGGGUGGCCGUUUCCCAACCCACAUCCGAACGCAAGACACAGACGUGCUCACCGGAAGAUCUGUGGAACCCUUCCAGGCUACAGCCUUCUCCCACAGCUUCAGACUGCCCAUUCCCCUGCUUCUGAUGAUGAUCAGCACUCUGAUGGGGAUCUCAAGACCCCUAGUCCUAAAGUUCUGGAGAGAAGUCAUUUUGAGAUGAGCAGUAGCGGACCAGGGGGGAGGUCGAAUAAGUCAGAAGAUGAUGUUUUCUCGGAUGCUGUUGCUGACUUUCCUGAUACUGGAUCUAUUUCGGGGUUCCAACAGCGCCUGGAGGAGGUCUUCAAAGGAACAAUCACCCACAAAGAUACAGCAAAUGUUGAAUUCCCUGAGGAUGCAGUUAGUGGCGGUGGUACUUCAGAUGAGACAACACAGAUGCAAAUCUUGGAAGUCCAGCCAGAUAGAGUUGCACCAGUAUCCGAAGAUAAUAAUCCUAUUGCUACAACUGACUUGACUGAAAAAGAACCUGGGAAUGAGUCUGCUAAUGCUGGAGGAGUUCUGAUGGGUGACUUAAAUCCCAUGAUAACUGGAAAUCAUAUAAAUGAUUUUGGAGAUGCGUCGAAGAGCAAUGCUAAUGAUUUGAACGGCACUUUUCAAAAAGGAAACGAUCAAACUACUGCUGAAGUUUAUGUGGUAGAUGGUUUGGUUUCCUCUGGUGAUGCUACUGCUCUGGAUUUAUUUGAAGGAAUGCCUGGCACAGAGAAGGCAGUGGCUGUGAAUUCAAGUACUGAACCAAACUUUGACACCUCUCAAUUGGAUGGAGCGCACGCUGCAAACUCAGACGAGGUCCCUCAAUUCAAAGAAGAAUUUUAUGAAAAGAUAGAAACUAGAAGUUCCUUGGAUGACGUGAAAUCUACUGAUCAGACUGAUGCUUCUGUUGGUAUUGUAGAGGCUAAGGUGGAUGUUCCUGUAGGACCUGCCUCAGCAAGUUCCAGUGAGUCAGUAGAGGGUUUGAACUGUAUGGACUAUGAGAAUGCACAUAUUCUUUCAGUCCACGAUGAUAUAAAAUAUGCUGUCAAUGCUGAGGCCAUGAUUAAGGGCUUCAAAGGUGAAGGGAGUAAAUCUCUUCAAACUGUCAAUUUAGGCUCAGAUGGAAUAACAAAUGACAUCAAGGACUCUGGUUGUUCUAUGGAUUAUGAUUUUUCCAGUAGUCCAACUAAGCAAUUGGUGGGGGAAACUCUUUCAACUGCAUCAGAAGUUCAGGCUCUUGGAUAUAGCCCUGAACUGAAAGGUGAAGGUUAUCUAGGUUCAAGUGCAGAGGUAUUAUCGGAUGCGAAUCAGCAGGUUCCAUCUGCAGAUAGAGAAGCUGAACAGCUUAAAAGACCUGCUGCUGAUACUCAGUCUGGUAAUUAUGGAGUGCCAAAUAAUGAAGCGUCUGAUUUAGGUGACAAUGGCGAAAUUGCCAUCAUGGAGCUUCACAAAGAAGACGACAAAGCAGAUUCAGAGCCUGAUAAUAUCGUCUUUGAGAAUGCAAGACUACAUGGUCAGCUUGAUGUCCCUGAUGCGACUGGGGCAAAAAGUUCAGCUCAAUCAAGCUUGGUGGACCAAAAUGACAACCAAGCAGCUUCAGAGCCUGAUAAUAUCAUAUUUGAGAAUGAAAGGCUUCAUGGUCAGCUUGAUACACCUGAUGUUACUGGGGCCGAGAAUUCAGCUCCAUCAAGCUUGGUGGACCAGAAUGACAACCAAGCAGCUUCAGAGCCUGAUAAUAUCAUAUUUGAGGAUGAAAGACUUCAUGGCCAGCUUGAUACACCUGAUGUGACUUGGGCCGAGAAUUCAGCUCCAUCAAGCUUGGUGGACCAUAAUGUUUCAAUGAAGAUCAAGGAAACUCUUGAAUCUGACAUCGAGCAAGCACAAAUAGGUGUCUCCAAGCAAGGUAUACAAGAAACCAAAAGCAUAGAGAGUAUAUCGUUUGAAGGUGUGAAUGCUAUUGACUGUCAAGGGGAAAUAAUUGAGAGAGAUGUUUCACCUGUAGCAGGAUCAGUUUCAGGUUCAGCAAUGGAAAACUCUUCAGUUGUAUCCAAAGUGAUGCUCGAAUCUACUGAUGUUCAUGAAUCCAGUACUAUGGCAGAAAAAUCAGUGAAUGCAAAAGACAGACAAUUGAAAGAAGAAUCUGCAUGCUUAAAUAUGGUUGAAGUGUCUAGCACUGAGGCCAGCUUAGAGAAACCUGAGACCGAGUGUACUCCUGGAGUUGGUGGGACACCUGAAUUGGAUAAAAGUGAAGAUGCUUUUCUACCGAAGUCUGCACAAGACCCUGUGACAAAUGAUUGCAUAACUUCUUCGAAUUCUGAUUCACUAAAAGCUACAGUAGCUAGAGAUGACCACACCGCAAACUUGGUCGGAGAGGCAUCUGAAGACAAACCUGAGCCAUUCGGUAAAGGAGGUGACUCUGUUACUAAACAGCUUGGUACAUCUGCGGCAGAUAUUUCUGUCGAUUCAAAUAGCCAAACUGAUAGUCUGGAAGGCCACUGGGGUUCUGUUUCAGUACUCUCCACCCAAUCGGAUAUGCCAGUCAGCACAGCGAAGACAAAUGCUCCUCAAGACUCCGACAAGUCGGAUAUGUUUGAAGCCCCAUCUUUCAUGACACUUGUCGAACCAAGAACUGCAGGUGACCAAAAAGCUGCUGGUGGUUCUUCAGAAAUCCAUUCAGCACAAAAUCCGCAACAGUCAAAAGCUCAAGCUGGGUGGUUCCCCUCCAUUACUAACGUGGUAAACGAGUCACAGGGAAGGAAAAAGAACGAGGAGAUCAUUGCAAAGGUGACCAAUUGGAGCAAUACCGGGAAGCAGCACACUCCCUUGAAAAGCCUGCUGGGCGAGGCGAAUCAGGAAACGAAAUCGAGAUCCUCGCCAACCCACGCGAAGGAAAAUGCUGCUGCGUCUGACAAAGGCAGAGAUAGUGGCGUCAGGAGCCCUACAACUCAGGCGAAGGAGGCUGCAGGGAGAAAAGAGUGGAACUCUCCGGCAAGGUAUCCUGCAGAGAUAAAGAGGGAGAAGAGGAAAGAGAAGGGAAGGCCUUACUGGGCACAUUUGGUCUGCUGUGCAUCUGUCAACUGAGAAUCGAUGAUCAUGUUGCUGAUACAGCUUUUAUAUAUAGUGAAUGUGGCUUUUGGUUUGUAAUUGGUAACUCAGUGUGAAUUUGGUACUUGUUCUACGUGCGUGCGCUUAGAGAUGUGUAGUAUAGUGUGAAGUGAACUAGUGAAGGUAAACACCAAACACUUUGAAGCAUGAGUGUAGAGCAUUUUGCUAUCAUGUUGAUCAUUUCCACAUGUUUGAUUGCUGAUCCAUUUGGAAACAAUUUGUAAUAACUCAUAUCCUAACCU